CAGAGAGAGAGAGAGAGAGAGAGAGGAAAGUUAACGUCACAUCCCCUUGACCCUCCAAUCACCUCGGGCUUCGGUGCUCAUUGUGUGAUUUGAUUGGAAGGCGGCAAAGGCUUUAAUCUUAAAGUAAUUCGGUGUUUGAAGUGUUGACGGCCAGAUUGCGUGUUGUAUGUUGUGUGUAGCUAAGCGGUGUGGAGCUGACUGCCUCCAUCUGAUGAGCGCCGUGCGGGCUGUGGCCAGUGUCUCCGUCAGUGUGAGUGAAAACAACCGCAGCGUCUGCCCAACGCCACAGUCCCUCUCGGAGCGCUGGCUGAGUUAGGUCAUGAUUACAUCGUCUCCCGUCUCUACUCACAGAAUUACAGCGACUGAAAUCGGCAACAGCAUCAGCAGCAGGGGCAACGGCAGCAGCAAACCUUUCUACCACUCCGUUCCCCCCUCAGACCCUUUAAGACAAGCUAAUCGUCUUCCUAUUAAGGUCCUGAAAAUGCUUACUGCUCGCACAGGACACAUCCUGCACCCCGAGUACCUACAGCCUUUACCAUCGACGCCCGUAAGUCCCAUCGAGCUCGAUGCGAAGAAAAGCCCUUUGGCACUUUUGGCUCAAACGUGUUCUCAGAUUGGCAAACCGGACCCCCCUCCCUCCACCAAACUCUCCAGCGUCACCUCAAACGGUACCAGCGACAAGGACUCCGGCAAGUCUGCCCCGCUCAAGCUGAGCGACAUCGGGGGAGAAGACAAGUCGAGCUUUAAACCCUACUCCAAACCCGAGAAGAAGGAAUCCGGUGGCUCGGGAUCUUCCAACGUUUCCGGGGAAAAGUCUGGUUUCCGUGUGCCGAGCGCCACCUGCCAACCGUUCACACCCAGGACAGGCAGUCCAAACUCUAGCACGUCCUCGCCCAUGCCAUCCGAGGGCAAGGGGGGCGAGAGCCAGGACAAGAAAGACCUGGACGGGGUCAAAAACGGUUCCUCCGACAGUUCUAUCCUCAACACCAGCAGCAGCGGCGGCGGCGGCGGCGGCGGGAUCAGCCACAGCCGGAUUAGCGUUAGCUGUGCCGGGAUACACGUGGAAGUCAAUCCGCAGGACACCAUUUCAGUGUCCAAACCUAUCACCUCGGAGACCUCGGUUAUGGGCUCUGGACUUGUGGCCCCCGUUUCCCCUUACAAACAGACCGUCUUCCCUUUGCCUCCCGCCAGCAUGGCCUACCCGGGAGCUCUGGGGGGCUACCCGGGCUACCCGCACCAGUUUGUGCCGCACGGCGUUGCCCUGGAUCACGCCAAGUCCAGCCUGGUGGGAGCGGCCCAGCUGGCCAGCUCCUUGGGCUGCAGCCUCUCCGGCAAACCCAACGGCUCCAGCCCCCUGGCCGGAGCCUCUCCGCCUUCCAUGGUGACGGCCAGCCUUUGCAGAGACCCCUACUGCCUCAGUUACCACUGCGCCGCACACCUCGCCAGCACGGCCAGUAACUCUUGCACCCACGACCCUACUUUGAAGUCUGGAUACCCGCUGGUUUACCCCUCGCACCCUCUACACGCCGUCCACGCGUCCAUGUCCAACAACGGCGGCACCCCGUCCCUGGCUGGACACCCUUUGUACCCUUAUGGCUUCAUGCUGCCGAACGACCCCCAGCCUCACAUCUGCAAUUGGGUCUCGGCCAACGGACCGUGCGACAAGCGCUUUUCCAGCUCGGAGGACCUGCUCAACCACUUGCGGACGCACACGGCUUUCUCCGGGACUGAGAAGCUGAUGGCCGGCUACCCCAGCUCCUCCCUGGGCAGCGCGGCGGCGGCGGCAGCAGCAGCGGCCGUGGCCUGUCACAUGCACCUUCCGCCGACAGGGGGGCCGGGGAGCCCAGGCGGUCUGACACUCAGGAGCCCCCACGCUUUAGGACUGAGCAGCAGGUACCACCCGUACGCCAAGAGCCCUCUGCCGCCCCACGGAGCUCCAGGGCCGGUCACUACUCUACCAGUCCCCGCUACAGGGCACUAUUAUUCUCCAUACGCACUGUACGGCCAGAGGUUAACCACAGCUUCUGCACUGGGCUACCAAUAAACAAGACACUCCCAAAAAAAAAAA